AUGGGACGUCUUGCCAGCUCCUCCCCCACCCCUCCAGCCACCCAAGGCAUCGAAGAAGACGUUAGAUCACAUUUCCGAGGCCUAGGCGUCGGAGAGAUUACAAUGGACAAUGCCGAAGUGUCAAGCCACGUGACUAUGGUACAGUACACCGAGCGACGAGAUGCCCUGUUGGUACGAAUCGAGGCGCAUAAGGAAGCGGACCCACUGCAGAGGGGUCCAUUUUGGCAGGAGGAAUUCCACGAUGCAUUUGCGAGAAUCGUCACUGGAGAACGGAUGAUUGAGAGGUGCCGAGAGGUUCAGAGGAUGCAUUGGCUGUUUAAGGAGGGCAGGGAUGAGGAGGCGAUGAGGAUUCAUGAUGUCAUUCAGGAGAGAAUGCGUAGAAGACGUCAAGAGGUUGAAGAGAUGGAGAUGGAGGAUGAGCGAUUUGAUGAGGAGGAGGAGAGUGAAGCUGAGGAGUCGGAUGACGAAGAAGAGUCUGAUGCUAGCGACUCUGAGGAUCCAGAAAAUUCCGACGAUGAUAGCCAAGAGGAUUCAGAAGACGUCUACAAUGAUCACCUAGAGGAUUCUGAUGCUUCCAUCGUUUUUGAAGAUCCAGAAGACGUCUACAAUGGUUUACCGCGUUCUGGCGAUGACAACCUGUUGGAUUUUGAUGCUAGCCAUUCAGAAGACGACUGUUCUGCUGGAAGACGUCGAGGUGUAGAAGAAGAGGAUUCUGAUGAUGCUAGUCAGGAUCUUUAUGAAGCUAGCGAUAUAGAAAAUGCCUACGAGUAUUCUGAGUUUUGUGACGAUGACGAUCUGAAAGAUAUGGAUUUUGGUGGCCUAGAAAGUUCUGACGGUGAAGUUCUGGAGGAUUAUGAUGGUGCUGCUGGAAGAGGACGUCGAUUUUUUAAGUCUGGUGUCAGCGAUUCAGAAGGUGUCUACACGGAUUCUGACGAUGGACAUCUUGAAGAUUCUGAAGUCAACGAUUCUGAAGAAGACGUUUACAAUGAGCAAUCGGAAGACUGUGACAGUGAAGCUGAGGAUUUUGAGAUGGUUGGGUAUGAGCAAUCUCCAGAAUUUCAAUACAUGGACCAUGAAGAAGACAUUGAGGACUUUGAGAUGGUAGAUUAUAACGAAGAUGAGCAAUCUUCGGGAUUCGAAGUGCACCAGGAGGAUUAUGAGAUGGUUGGAUAUCCCGAAAAUCAGCAUUUUGAGAAUUUUGGGGUCCCAGAAUUCGAGAAUGAGCAAUUUGAGAUGGUCCAUUACAACCAGCAGCAGGAGGAGGAGGAUACUGAUGAGGACGAGGAGAUCGAUGUUGUUAAUUGA